AUGGUCCUCGAACGACUUCAGCAGAUGGCUUCCCACGUCACGGGUCAAGCUGCCCAAAUGCACCCUCUCGAUCCACUCUCGCAGGACGAAAUUCAGAAGGCUGUCACCAUUGUCAAGAGAGAACAUCCGAGUGUACACUUCAAUGCGGUAUCAUUGUGGGAGCCACCGAAGGCAGAGCUUCAGAGAUGGCUCUCAUCACCCAAGGCUGUGCCCCGGCCGCAUCGGAUAGCGGACAUUGUUGCAAUUGGACGAGGCAGCAAGGUCUUCGACGGCUUGGUAGACUUGGAUGAGGGCAGAAUUGUCAAGUGGGAGUUCACAGAGGGCGUACAACCAUUGAUCACAAUGGAAGAUCUUCAGAUCGUAGAGACUGUGGUGAGGAAGGAUCCAAAAGUCAUUGAACAAUGUGGCCUUCUGGGCAUUCCACCUCAGGACAUGCAUAAAGUCUACUGCGAUCCCUGGACAAUUGGCUACGACGAGCGAUUUGGUUCGUCCGUUAGGCUACAGCAAGCUCUAAUGUACUACAGACCUCAUGUCGAUGACAGCCAGUACACAUAUCCACUGGAUUUCUGCCCGUAAGUUAUGAACACCAGGAUAUCGUAUCACAGACUGAUUUUAAUAAAACAGAAUUUACGACGCCGACGCGCAAGCGAUUAUCCACAUCGAUGUACCGAAAGUCAGGCGGCCCCUCAACACUGCAGCGCCCAUCAACUACCACGCCGAAGCAAUCGCAAAAGAGACGGGUUUCAGGAAGGAUAUCAAGCCCAUCAACAUCACCCAGCCAGAAGGCGUAUCGUUCUCUGUGGACGGCAGAACACUGAAAUGGCAAAAUUGGAGCGUGCAUGUUGGCUUCAAUUACCGCGAGGGGAUCGUGCUCUCAAACAUCACAUUCAACGACAAGGGCAAUGUUCGGCCCGUGUUUUGGCGCAUGUCGCUGGCUGAGAUGGUCGUACCAUACGGAAACCCUGAGCAUCCUCAUCAACGGAAACACGCAUUUGAUCUCGGAGAAUACGGCGGGGGGUACAUGACAAACUCUCUGGCUUUGGGUUGCGAUUGUAAGGGAGCCAUUCACUACAUGGAUGCUGAAUUCGUGAACCGUGCUGGCCAACCGCAAACCAUCAAGAAUGCGAUUUGCAUUCACGAGGAAGAUGCUGGCAUUCUGUACAAGCACACAGACUUCCGAGACAAUUCCUGCACGGUCACGCGCGCUCGCAAGCUCGUCGUGAGCCAUGUCUUCACGGCUGCCAAUUACGAAUACUGUGUUUACUGGAUCUUCCAUCAAGAUGGCACAAUUCAGUUGGAGAUUAAGCUGACAGGGAUCCUGAACACGUACGCACUUGCUCCAGGCGAAUCUGCCGCUCCAUGGGGUACGGAGGUCUAUCCGGGCGUUAAUGCGCACAAUCACCAGCACUUGUUCUGUCUCCGCGUGGAUCCCAACAUCGAUGGGUCGGAGAAUACGAUCUUCCAAGUCGAUGCAGUUUGCGGUGACGGAGAAGUGGGCAGCAAGGAGAAUUACUAUGGCAAUGCAUUCUACGCGAAGAAGACCAAGCUGGACAGUGAGUGGAUGAAAUUACUUCUAGACAUAUGUCGCAGAUGACUAACACCCUGGGCAGCGAUGAGCACCGGCGUGAGCGACUACCAAGGCUCGACAAGCCGAACCUGGGAGAUGGCGAACACCAACAAGCUCAACGCUUACAGCCAGAAACCGGUGUCGUACAAGCUGGUCAGCAGAGAGGUGCCGAGCUUGCUCCCGAAGGACGGAAGUCUCGUGUGGAAGCGUGCUGGGUUCGCCCGUCACGCUGUCCACGUGACCAGAUGUAAGUGAAUGCAGUCCACUACUACGCACGCAGUAUGCACACGUGCUGAUCGUAGAUGCCCUACUGUGCUACAGAUUCGGACGAUCAAAUCCAUCCAGCUGGUCGCCACGUGCCUCAGACGUCUGGAGAACCGUCGCAGGGUCUUCCGGCCUGGAUUGCCGCUGACCCCAACGGUAGCCUGGACAACACCGAUGUUGUGCUUUGGCAUACCUUUGGCCUGACGCAUUUCCCUUCGCCUGAAGAUUACCCCGUAAUGCCGGCAGAGCCGAUGACCGUAUGAAUCCUCCAUCCGAUUUCGCGUACCAUUUCAUCACACUGAUCAAUCGUAGGUCUUGCUCCGACCGAGGAACUUCUUCACGCAGAACCCGUGCAUGGAUGUUCCUCCUUCGUACUCGAGCACGCCGAGCCAAGUCGCGGCUGGCAAGAGCGGCAUCCGUGGCAUUGUGGAUAAUCUCUCGCGUCUGGCGUUUGGCGGUAAGCAAGAGAAGCCAAGCAGCAACGAUUGCGGAUGCAAUUAA